AUGGAUCAUAAUCCUUUCACAAUAUCGUUUAGGGCCUUUUCCCAGCAAAGAUGCAAUUGGAGGAUGAUUGAAGAAAGGGGCAAAGAAGGGAAAAGGUCAUACGAGAAACUUGGCAAGAAAAAAUCCUUGUCCUUGCUCGGUUUCAUGACAAGUUUCGGAAAAGGGAAAAGCAGCAGAUCAGUUGUUCGAAAAAAACUGUACAAAUCAAGCAUCCAGAAAGCGAAAGAAAUUCUUCAGGUUAAGAUGAUGAAAACUGGAUUGGAAAAUGAGAUACAGGAGAAAAGGGUCAUGGUUGAGUCACUUAAGGCAACCAUAAAAGAUGCAGCAGAAACUGAAACAGAAUAUAGGUUGCUGAAAAUGAGAAGGAAUGAGCUGAGGGGUGAGCUGAUUAGUGGAAUCAAAGGCAUUGUGAGAAUGCGGGCAACGGAGAUGUUGCUGAUGGAGGAGCUCGAUUUGCUUUGAAGCAAAGAUAAAUAACCCUAUUCGAGAGUUCGAUAAAUAAAAAAAACUUACUACGCUUUUCCAGGAUUGAUGGAGAUUCGAGUAGGGCUUUAAAAAAAACAUACUAUAUAUAUGUUUGAUGUGAUUGCUUGCUUUGUCUCAGUUUGCUUUUGCCGUUUGUCUGAAAAACCGUUUGGUGGAAUGGCACUAUAAAUAAAACCUCUUUGCUUCGGCAUGUUUAACUUUAAAGAUUGUCCAGUGCUCAUAUACUCUGGGUUGGGCCUUAGUAACGCAAAUCCAAAAAACUUUGGACCAUUGGCUUGGCCGAGGAAGUUCUCUCUCUUCAAUGUACUGAGUAAGUAAGAAAAAUUCGGAGGAAUAUGACCCAAAUUCAAGAGUAUUUAACAUAGUAUUAUUUUAAAAUAAUAAGAAAAGUUUUUGAGGAUCUUUUCGGAUUGGGGCUUGAGCUUACAUUUG